AUGGACGCUUCCCAGGGUACAUCGCAGCCAUCGGGACCAGUACAAGAAUCUGCAGACGAGGACGAGGUCAUGAUUGAUACCAACCCCGACCCCCUGCCCACCCAGUCUGCCGCCCCCGCCUUCCCCCCGCUUCCUGCGUCUGCGCAACGGACGAUCCUCAAGUCGGAGAUGAGGCGGAUACCGAUACCCCCACACCGCAUGACUCCGCUCAAGAAGGAUUGGGUGAACAUAUUCUCGCCCUUGACUGAGAUGUUGCAAUUACAAGUUCGGAUGAAUGUGCGCAGGAAGUGCGUGGAAAUCAGGACAUCAAAACAUACAAAGGAUAUCGGUGCCAUUCAGAAAGGUGCCGACUUUGUCAAGUCGUAUGCGCUAGGAUUUGACGUUAAUGAUGCAAUUGCUCUCCUUCGUCUGGACGAUCUCUAUCUCGACUCGUUCGAGAUUAAAGAUGUAAAAACUCUGCAUGGCGAUCACCUUUCUCGUGCUAUCGGACGCAUAGCCGGCCAAGAUGGCAAGACGAAGUUCACCAUCGAGAACACCAGCCGGACGCGGAUAGUACUCGCUGACACAAAAAUCCACAUUCUAGGCUCCUUCCAGAACAUCAAAAUUGCGCGCGAUGCGAUUGUUUCUCUUAUUCUCGGUUCGCCUCCAGGGAAGGUGUACGCUGGGUUGAGGACAGUCAGCAGUCGUAUGCGGCAGAGAGCUUUGUAG